AAGUGGGAGGCCUCUGGCUUGGUCCCCUCCCGCUCCGUCCCGGGCCGCCCCCGGGUCCCCUCCCUCCUACCCACUCGGCGCCCGCAUCUCGGGCCGGCAGGACCGGGCCUCUCCUCGGAAGUGCCCAGACAGCCUGUCCUUGGAAGUGCUAAGCCAGGACAUCAGGGCCCAUGAGUACUGUGAAGAUGCUUCGGGGUUCUUUUUCUGUGUUCCUGCUGGGGGGGCUCUUGGGAGUCCUCCAUGCUCAGCAGCAGGAAGUCAUCUCACCCGACAUCUCUACCACUGACAGGAACAACAACUGUCCAGAGAAGGCGGAUUGCCCGGUCAACGUGUACUUCGUGUUAGACACCUCGGAGAGCGUGGCCAUGCAGUCCCCCACGGACAGCCUGCUCUAUCAUAUGCAACAGUUCGUACCUCAGUUCAUCAGCCAGCUGCAGAAUGAAUUCUACCUGGACCAGGUGGCCCUGAGCUGGCGUUACGGUGGUCUGCACUUCUCGGACCAGGUGGAGGUAUUCAGCCCACCAGGCAGCGACCGGGCCUCCUUCACCAAGAGCCUCCAAAGCAUCCGCUCCUUCCGCAGAGGCACCUUUACUGACUGCGCCCUGGCCAACAUGACACAGCAGAUCCGGCAGCAUGUAGGCCGAGGGGUGGUCAACUUUGCUGUGGUCAUCACCGACGGCCACGUCACAGGCAGUCCGUGUGGGGGCAUCAAAAUGCAGGCUGAGCGCGCCCGUGAGGAGGGCAUCCGGCUCUUUGCUGUGGCCCCUAACAGGAACCUAAAUGAGCAAGGCCUUCGGGACAUCGCUAACACCCCACAUGAGCUCUACCGCAACAACUAUGCCACCAUGAGGCCUGACUCCACUGAGAUUGACCAGGACACCAUCAACCGUAUCAUCAAGGUCAUGAAACAUGAAGCCUAUGGAGAGUGCUACAAGGUGAGCUGCCUGGAGAUUCCUGGACCCCAUGGACCCAAGGGCUACAGAGGACAGAAGGGCGCCAAGGGCAACAUGGGCGAGCCAGGAGAGCCUGGACAGAAGGGACGACAGGGAGACCCUGGCAUCGAAGGCCCCAUUGGAUUCCCAGGACCCAAGGGUGUGCCUGGCUUCAAGGGAGAGAAGGGUGAAUUUGGAUCAGACGGUCGGAAGGGAGCCCCCGGCCUAGCUGGCAAGAAUGGAACUGAUGGACAGAAGGGCAAACUGGGCCGCAUUGGGCCUCCUGGCUGCAAGGGAGACCCAGGAAGUCGGGGCCCCGAUGGAUACCCUGGAGAAGCCGGAAGCCCAGGCGAGCAAGGAGACCAAGGUGCCAAGGGGGACUCUGGCCGCCCAGGACGCAGGGGACCACCAGGAGAUCCUGGAGACAAGGGGAGCAAGGGAUAUCAAGGCAACAACGGAGCUCCUGGAAGUCCAGGGGUGAAAGGAGGCAAGGGAGGCCCUGGCCCCCGUGGACCAAAAGGAGAGCCGGGACGCAGGGGAGAUCCUGGAACCAAGGGUGGCCCGGGAACUGAUGGCCCAAAGGGAGAGAAGGGAGACCCUGGUCCUGAGGGGCCUCGAGGCCUGGCUGGAGAAAUUGGCAGCAAAGGAGCCAAGGGAGACAGAGGUCUGCCUGGACCCAGAGGCCCCCAGGGGGCUCUUGGGGAGCCGGGAAAACAGGGAUCUAGAGGUGACCCUGGUGAUGCUGGACCCCGUGGAGAUUCAGGACAGCCAGGUCCCAAGGGAGACCCUGGAAGACCUGGAUUCAGCUACCCAGGACCCCGAGGGACCCCUGGUGAAAAAGGAGAACCCGGCCCACCAGGCCCUGAGGGAGGCCGAGGAGACUUUGGUCUGAAAGGAGCACCCGGAAGGAAGGGAGACAAGGGCGAGCCAGCUGAUCCUGGUCCCCCUGGUGAACCUGGCCCUCGGGGGCCAAGAGGAGUCCCAGGACCUGAGGGAGAACCCGGCCCUCCUGGAGACCCUGGUCUCACGGAAUGUGACGUCAUGACCUAUGUGAGGGAAACCUGUGGGUGCUGCGACUGUGAGAAGCGUUGUGGUGCUCUGGAUGUGGUCUUCGUCAUUGAUAGCUCUGAGAGUAUUGGCUACACCAACUUCACCUUGGAGAAGAACUUCGUCAUCAAUGUGGUCAACAGGCUGGGUGCCAUUGCCAAGGAUCCCAAGUCCGAGACAGGCACACGUGUGGGUGUGGUGCAGUACAGCCACGAAGGCACCUUUGAAGCCAUCCGGCUAGACGACGAACGAGUCAACUCCCUGUCCAGUUUCAAGGAGGCUGUCAAAAACCUCGAGUGGAUUGCUGGUGGCACCUGGACACCCUCUGCCCUCAAGUUUGCCUACAAUCAGCUCAUCAAAGAGAGCCGGCGCCAGAAGACCCGGGUGUUCGCAGUGGUCAUCACAGAUGGGCGCCAUGACCCCCGAGAUGAUGACCUCAAUCUUCGGGCACUGUGUGAUCGAGAUGUCACUGUGACGGCCAUCGGCAUCGGUGACAUGUUCCAUGAGACGCAUGAGAGUGAGAACCUCUACUCCAUCGCCUGCGACAAGCCUCAGCAGGUGCGCAACAUGACACUCUUCUCUGACCUGGUGGCCGAGAAGUUCAUCGAUGACAUGGAAGAUGUCCUUUGCCCAGACCCCCAGAUCGUGUGUCCAGAACUUCCCUGCCAAACAGAUGAACCAUGGCCUGGCAGCAAGCCACCGGUCACCUUCCUCCGCACGGAAGAGGGUCCGGACCCCACCUUCCCCAAGACCAUCCCCCUGAUCCAGCAGUUGCUAAACACCACGGAGUUCACUCAGAACCCAGCUGCCUACUCCCAGCUGGUAGCUGUGAUGGUCUACACCGCCGAGAGGGCCAAGUUCUCCACAGGGGUCGAGCGGCAGGACUGGAUGCAGCUGUUUAUUGACACCUUUAAGCUGGUGCACAGGGAUAUCACAGGGGACCCAGAGACCGCACUGGCAGUCUGCUAAAGCCUCGGGUCCACCAUGAGCAGCUAGCCAGAGCUAACCCCGCACUUCUUACAGCUUCCCAGGCUGCCGCCACAAGCUGAGGCCUUAGGCAGCGGGGACCUGCCCUCCUAGUCCCGAGGCCGGAGGCCAGAAUCCUGUAUCUGGAGAAUCCUCUCUCUGGAGGGUCUCUCCUACUUCCUCCAGCCUCUAGUAGAGCUGGAGUGGCUUGUGGGCACUCUACUCCAGUAUCACUUCCGUCUUCCCCUGCUUCUUACCUUUGUGCCGUGUCCCCUCCCCCCUCCUCUUUUUCACAAGGACAUCAGCAAUGGGACUGAAGGCCCACCUUAAAUCCUAGAGGCUCACAUCUGUAACGGGCAGUAUCUUAAGGGUCUUGAGAUGUAAGCUUCUGGGAAUCUUUCGGAUGAGCAUACCACCUCAGUCUAGAUGAGCUAUCCUGUGUUUGGGAGCAUAGAUUGGGGUGGGGUUCUAUCUGAAUGCUUGGGGAGGUCCCCCCUUUUCUGCUUCUGUUUGGGCUUCAUGUUUGGCGUCAGGUAUGUGUUUAUAGUUCACAGCAACCAUAGAAUGUGACAAGGGCCUUAAUGGACCUCAGCUACCGCCACGCCAUGCUCAGUAGAUCAAAGUCCCAGAGCUGACUGUCAGUGUGUUCCCAGACAGGUCUCUGGAUACAUGCAGACAUCAUGGGAGUAUCUGACAGGAAGGGCUUUUGAUACCCUCAGUCAAGUGGCUAAGAACCAUAAAGGCACCCUCUCCCAGUGUGGGGAGUGGCAAGGGGCCCUCUGCAAAGUCACUCGCAAGCUCAUGAACCUGGAGUAUUCUGACUGAGCUCAAGGGACCUCAUUAGGCUGGACUGAUGUCCUUGUCCCUAUCUGUUCCCCUCUAGCCCAGGGUAAGACCUAUCCACCUGGGAAGGUGACACCCUCUCCCUGCUGAGAGGUCACAGGGAGAAGAAGGAACCCCACAGAAAUGGAACACAGAGGACUCCUGAGUCCCCAAACUCCCGAUUACAAAUGGACCUUCACCAGCCUUUUUUGAUCUCCCCCAGGCCCUGUAGAUGUUAGUAUUAAGGGAAUGGGCCCAAUUCAGCAGCCCCUACUGUAUGUCUACCUCUGAGUUUGAGGUAAUAACUGUGGGGGUGCCUGUCUGUUACAAGGAGCUAGGAAGUCCAGUUGUGUCGCCCCCCCCAAAAAAAAACUUUCUAGACAUUCUGAGCAGAUUCCAGGGAUGGCAGAAUAAGGUAUGUGACUAGUAAGCUCUGUAAGAAGCACCCUGCCUGUCUGCAGGCACUCCCUCAUUCACGGCUCAGCCUCGAGUGAGUCAUGCUAAACAUGGUAUAAAAAAAAAAGAUGAAACCUGUAACUUAA